AUGUCUCAAAAUUCAUCAAAUAAUACUGCUAAUAAAUAUUGGAAACCAGGAGGUGCUCGACCACCACGACAACAAUCAUCAUCGAUAGUUGAUCGACAAGAUUCAACGUCUGAAAAUGUUGAUCUUUAUCAACAUUCUAGUAUGUCUAUUGCUCAACAUCGUCGUCAUUUACCUAUUGCUGCCUAUCGAACACAUAUUUUAUAUUUACUUGAAAAAUAUCGAACUUUAAUCAUUGUUGGAGAAACAGGUAGUGGAAAGUCAACACAAAUUCCUCAAUAUCUUCUUGAAAGUGGUUGGACUCGUAAUGGAAAAUUAAUUUGUAUGACUGAACCUCGUCGUCUAGCAACAAUUCAAUUAGCACAACGUAUAGCAGAUGAAAAAGAUGUUUUAUUAGGAAAAGAAAUUGGUUAUCGUAUACGUUUUGAAGAUGUUUAUUCAAGUGGUUUAACACAAAUAUUAAUAAUGACCGAAGGACUUUUAUUACGUGAACUUAUGUAUGAUCCAUUAUUAACACGAUAUAAUGUGAUUAUCAUUGAUGAAGCGCAUGAACGUGCAAUUCAAACUGAUCUUUUAUUAGGUUUAUUAAAAAAAAUUCAAAAACGUCGACGAGAUUUACGUCUUAUUAUAACAUCAGCUACAAUUGAUUGUGAACGAUUACGUGCAUUUUUUGAACAUCAAACAAGUUCAAUAUCAAAAAAUUUAAAUCAAUCUGAAGAAAAUAAUAAUGAUGAUGAAGAAAAACUUAAUGAAUGUUUUAUAUUGAGUGUUGAAGGUCGUUCAUAUCCAGUUGAAAUUUAUAAUACAACUGAAACUGUACCUGAUUAUUGUAAAGCAUGUGUUGAUACAUGUAUACAAAUACAUGAAAAUGAAAAAUAUAAUGAACAAGGUGAUAUUCUAUGUUUUAUAUCUGGACAAGAUGAUGUUUUAAAAAUUACACGUGAUUUACAUGAUUAUGCUAAACGUUUAAAUGAUGAACAACAACAUUUAAAACGUAAAGAUGAAAGAAAAAAAUUAAUUAUUUUACCAUUAUAUGCUAAUUUAAAAUUUAUUGAUCAAAUGAAAGUUUUUGAAAAAACACCACCAAAUACACGAAAAAUAAUUGUUGCAACAAAUAUUGCUGAAACAAGUUUAACAAUUCCAAAUAUUGUUUAUGUUAUUGAUUGUGGUUAUGUACGUUUAAAAUUAUUUAAUCCAGAAUUUGGUUUUGAAGUUUUAACAACAUUACCAAUAACACGUUCAUCAGCAUUACAACGUGCUGGUCGUGCUGGACGUAUUCGUUCAGGAAAAGCUUAUCGUCUUUAUCCAGCAUCAGAAUAUGAAAAAAUGAAAGAAUUUCAAUUACCUGAAAUGCAACGAUGUGAUUUAGCUUUUGCUGUUCUUCAAUUAAAAGCUUUAGGUAUACAUAAUAUUGUUCGAUUUGAUUUUCCAUCACCACCACCAUCAAAAAAUCUUCUUCAAGCUAUUGAAUGUUUAUAUGCAUUACGUGCUAUUGAUCAACAAUCUCAUUUAACACCUGAUUUAGGUAUGAAAAUGGCUGAAUUACCUUUACAUCCAACACAUGCACGAGCAUUAAUUAUAUCACUUGAAUAUGGUUGUACACAAGAAAUAUUAAAAAUAAUUGCAUCACUUCAAGUUAAACAUGUUUUUAUUAGUUCACCUAAUGAAAAAAUGCGUGCAAUGAAAUUACAUAGUAAAUUUGCUUGUCAAGAAGGAGAUCUAAUUACUACUCUUAAUGUUGUUAAAGCAUUUGAACAACAAAUGAUGCCACAACAAUUUUGUGAUAAGCAUAUGUUAAAUGUAAAAUCAUUAAAACGUAUACUUGAAAUAAAAGACUCAUUAGAAAAAUCACUUCGUCGUUUAAUAAUGAAAAAUGAUAAAAUUCUCUCAUCAUCAGGUGAUGAUGUUUUACCAGUUCUUAAAUGUUUAACAGAUGCUUUUUUUAUGAAUGCUGCACAACUUUCAAUUGAUGGUUAUACUUAUCGAACAUUUCGUGGUUCAUUUCAAGAACUUUAUAUGCAUCCUUCAUGUAUUUUAUCAUCAAUAUUAACAAAACAAGAUAUAACACAAAGUCAAUUACCUAAAACAAUAUUAUUUAAUGAAUUAAUUCAAUCAACUAAAAUCUAUAUGUCUGAUAUAACUGUUAUUGAUCAAAAUUGGCUUUAUGAAAUGGCUGGACAUUAUUAUGAACAAUUAUCAACAAGACAAUGGAUGUUAAAAGAAUCAUAUGAUCUAGAAUAA